CGCGCGGCUGCGCUCGGACGUCUCUGACGCUUCUUCUUCCGGUAUCGCGUUUCCGCCGUUCUCUUCUGCUCUCCGGAUCCAUCAUGGGUCGAGUUAGGACCAAGACGGUGAAGAAAGCCGCACGGGUGAUCAUUGAGAAGUACUACACCCGCCUGGGCAAUGACUUCCAUACCAACAAGCGUGUGUGCGAGGAGAUCGCCAUCAUUCCCGGCAAGAAGCUUCGCAACAAGAUCGCUGGGUAUGUGACCCAUCUGAUGAAGCGCAUCCAGAGAGGUCCGGUCAGGGGCAUCUCCAUCAAACUGCAGGAGGAGGAGAGAGAACGCAGGGAUAACUACGUCCCCGAGGUGUCUGCUCUGGAUCAGGAAAUCAUCGAGGUGGACACAGACACCAAGGAAAUGCUCAAGCUUCUGGAUUUUGGCAACCUGUCCAACCUUCAGGUGACUCAACCUCCUGUCGGCAUGAACUUCAAGACCCCACGUGGAGUCUGAACAUUGUAAUAUAUCUCUUAAUAAAACUGGGGGGAAAACAA